AUGGCCAGCCCUCGAGAAGAAGACCGGGUCUCACCAGGGCCUUUGAUGAAACCGUGUAUACAGCAAUGGCCCUUCCAAAUGCGUCAGCUGCAAACUGGCGCAGGCGCACUAGACGAUCAUGCCAAAACUUGUUUGGGAGAGUUAAAAAUCGAGAUAUCUCAGAAUUCUGUGUUGAUAAAUUGCACCUGGGGUAAGCUUUCCCGUGAUAUCAAGAUGAAAUGCAUCAUCAUGUUGGAACGAUUAACCAAGAAAGGUAAAAUAGACUUCGAUAGAUGCCAGGACUACUGGGGAGCAGAAAGGUUGUUGGCAAAUGUAGCUCACAACAGACUGGGAAAAUGGAACGUGUCAACCCGGGAAGCAGGAUCUUUGUCGGAUGACGAAGAGACUAUUCCCUCUAUUGUUGAACUAAAGGAAGAACGGAAUAGUCCUCUGCACGGCGAUGAGAAUACUGGUGUCGAAGAGCUUGAACAGACUUUAGAAGAUGACCGUAUCUACCACCCUAGAAGAAAAAUAGCCAGAAGAUAA